UCAGCCAUAUCCAGAGAAGCAGUAACCAACAGACACCGUUUGAUACGCGAUCAUCGUCACAGUAUCUUCCAAGUCUGAAGUGCCUAUAUAGGAUUCUUUACUACUACACUGUUCUCUAGUAACUUUUGAUAGAUUUGGAUGCCCUUAUAGCUUUUUUUGAGAAUUUCAAAGCAAUGCUUCUCCAAACAAUCACAACUAGUAGCCCUUUAAAUCUGAGCAACUCUCCUAACUUUUGCUAUUGUUCUUCUUGUUUCAAGAAUCAGAGCCAAAAGACUCCAUCUUUACUGCCCAAGACCCUGUUUCUCCCAAGUCUUGAUUCUAAAUUUUACUACCAUUUGAGUGAUAAAACCAAAAGGGGCUCAUUUUUUUCGAGUGGGAAUGGCUGUGGAGCUAAUUCCAUUCAAACAAGAACAGCAUAUGCUACUUUGCUUGAGACCCCUGUUCUGUGGGCUGGUAGAGUUUGCAUCUUUUAUGUCCUCUUGAAGGCUGGCUUAGCUGGAUCUCCUGCUAACCCUCUUAUCUCUUCGGAUUUGGAAACUAGUUCUGAUGAUUUGGGGUUCUCUAAGUGGUUUGAGAAGUUUCAAGGAAAUCCAGAUAAGGAAGCAACUGAUAGAAGGAAACUAGUCAGCAAAUGGCAUCCAACAACCAAGGGUACCCUUAAGCGCAACUACAGGGUCCCAUCAAAAUCUGAAGGGCGCCGUCUUCUGAAAGCCAUUGCUUCUUUGUUAUCAGAUGAUGAUCACUUCAGAGAUGCCUCUUCUCACAAGGGUUGUCAAAUUAGAAGGCAGAAUGCUCAUGGAGAAAGUGUUUGCUGUAACAAUGUUAGAGCUUUGUUUGAUGAGCUUCCUACUCCACACCUGGUGGUGGAAAUUACAGCUUUUCCUGCUGGUCCUCUCAACGAAAAUGAUUAUUUAAAAGCUGAGAAAUUAGAAAGGGUUCUGAGAUCUGCUCCUUCUGCUUGAUUAACUUGGCUAUGUUGGUACUCUAGAAUUUCUGAAAGCUAGAGGGGUGGUUUUCUCUAGUGACAAACCAAUUUGACGAUGUUGAAAUACUUGAGCCUCUAGCAGAUGCCAAUAGGCCCUUCGUUGUUUUUGUAUGUAUCUGAUCUGCUUGUAAAUAUUGAUGGCAUGGCUUCAACAUCUUGCGUCUGAACUCUGUGAGUUUGAGUACACUUCCAACAUGGGACCAGAUUCCUUUGAUCAAUCUUUAGUCAAAGGAAAAUCCUUAAAAAAUAAUAAAAAAAAGUUUGGCCUCUUUGACCA